UCAACCAUCUAUUCCUUUAGCUUUACAUUUACUCAACAACCUAAAACCCAUUUUCUUCCAUCAUUCUGUUUUUUGAUUUCUUUUGUAAUUAAUUUCAACUACUAAACAUAAACCAAACUUAACACUAUGCUACUUCUUCUUCUCUCUUAAAUUCAAACUCUCCCUUCAACACGUUAAUUUUUUUGUUUAAUUAGCUCAUUAAUUAGCUAGGAGUGUAUGUAAUUAGCAAGUAUGAUGUUCGCAACGAUGAAAACAUAUAGAGGGAAACUACCUCUUCCUAUGGUUGCAGGAAUUAUUUGUGGUCUUGCAUUUUGUGUUUUGUUGUACAAUGAAAGAAUCACCUUCCUUUCUGCUACUUCCCUCGCAAGGUUUAGCUCUUGCGCUAGGAGAGCCGCCCAUGACGCCGCAACGGAUGGUAGAAGGGAAAAAAUAGAUGGAAUGAAAGAGGAACAUAAAUUGGAGUAUGAUGCGGAUAUUUGUGAUAUAAGCGAAGGGAAAUGGGUGUAUAAUCGAUCAGUAAAGCCUCUCUACUCGGACAGAAUUUGCCCUUAUUUAGACAGACAAGUUUCGUGUGUCAUGAAUGGACGUCCUGAUUUUGAUUAUCGCCAUUGGCAAUGGCAGCCGGAUGAAUGUUCCUUGCCUAGAUUUGAUCCAAAAAGAGCAUUGAGAAAGCUAAAAGGGAAGAGACUAUUGUUUGUUGGAGAUUCAUUACAGAGAGGACAAUGGCAAUCUUUUGUUUGCCUAGUGGAGUCAAUUAUACCAAAUGACCAAAAGUCAAUGAAGCGUGGACGUGUUCGAUCAGUCUUCAGAGCCAAGGAGUACAAUGCCACAAUUGAGUUCUAUUGGGCCCCUUUUCUGGUGGAAUCAAAUUCUGAUUUACACAUAAUUGGAGAUCCAAGGAAGAGGAUAUUGAAGGUGGAUUCAAUUGCCAAGCAUGCCAAACAUUGGUCAGAUGUUGAUUUUCUAGUCUUCAACACCUAUGUUUGGUGGAUGAGUGGCUUGAAGAUUAAUUCAUUGUGGGGCUCGUUUGCAAACGGUGAAGAAGGAUACGAAGAGUUGGAUGCACCGGUUGCUUAUAGACUUGGUUUAAAGACAUGGGCUAAUUGGGUUGAUUCAACUAUUGAUUCUAACAAAACAAGGGUGUUUUUCACAACAAUGUCUCCUACUCACAUGAGACCCAUAGAGUGGAACAAUAAGGACGGUAUCAAGUGCUUCAAUGAAACAAGACCGGUGAAGAAGCGAGGGCAUUGGGGAUCCGGAUCUGAUAAACGAAUAAUGAAGGUGGUUGGCGAUGUGUUAGGAAAGAUGAAGGUGCAUGUGACUGUACUAAACGUUACACAAUUAUCGGAAUAUAGAGUUGAUGCACACACUAAAGUGUACACAGAGACAGGAGGUAAAUUGUUGACUGAUGAACAAAAGGCUGACCCUUUACACCAUGCUGAUUGCAUACAUUGGUGCUUGCCUGGUGUUCCUGAUACAUGGAAUCAAAUUUUCCUUGCUCACUUGUAAAUUUGUGUAACCUACAAAUAUUAAAUGGUUACAUGAAAUGUAACCCCCCCCCCCCAUUAUAAAUACAAAUUUGUAUUUUUAUUGAUC